UUUAUAUUUGGCCACAAUUAUCAGUUGUAGGAAGUGAUUUUCAAAAACAAAAUAAACGGUCAUUUAAAUUGGUGGAGUACUCACAACUCUCUUUAACAAUGGGAGAAUAGUUUUUCUCAAUUCUUGAUUUUUUUUUGGAUUAUUAAUUCAUUGAUUUCACUUACUUGGUUAACAAGAAAUAUUUACGCAACCCAUAAAUAAUUGUUCGACACGUUCAAAAAUGUAUGUCAUUCUUACGUAAAGAUCAUGUGUUAAUCAAGUAAAUGUAGUCCAUGAAUUUACUACACGAAUGAGUCGAAAUUAAGUAAUAUCCACUUUUUCUUUGACAAAAAAAAAUCUGAUUAGUCCAUUAAUGUAGAUUACCAUCAAUUUUGUUUUGAGGACCAACUUUUGAUCGUUGUCAAGUAUGAUGAAAGUGUACAACAGUAAUUCACAUCAUCUCCAUCUUCAUUUUCCACUUUGUAAUCUUCCUCAUCUCUUUAACAUAUGCUCACACAUCAUUGGGAUGAAACAUCUAGAUUUUGUAUUCAUUUGCAUGAUGUAUCCAAAUACAAAAAAAAAAACAUAGUUCUAGAAUUUUGAGAUGAAAAUUUAUUUAUAUCCCUAUACAAUAUUUGGAUACAAAUUUUAACUGAAAACAACAUCUAAAACACGUGCAUCCAAAUAAAGUAGCCAAACGAACAUAACUUUAGUUAUAGAGUUUUUGUAUAUUUAGCGAGUAGAUUGUAUUUUCUUAAAUAUCUCUACUAUUAAGUAUAAUUCGGUAUAUCUAUCUGCAAAUUAUGUAAAGUUUUAAAAAUUUAAAAGUAAAGUUGGAUUUUGUGCGUUCCACUCUAGAUUGACCGGAACAACCAAUAGCAUAUAAAAAAAUUAAGGUUGGACUCUUGAUUCUUGUUACUUGCUAGUGUAUAACAGUAAUUCACAUCACCUCCAUCUUCAUUUUCCACUUUGUAAUCUUCCUCAUCUUUUUAACAUAUGCUCACACAUCAUUGGGAUGAAACAUCUAGAUUUUGUAUUCAUUUGCAUGAUGUAUCCAAAUACAAAAAGAAAACAUAGUUCUAGAAUUUUGAGAUGAAAAUUUAUUUAUAUUCAUAUGCAAUAUUUGGGCACAAAUUUUAACUGAAAACAACAUCUAAAACACGUGCAUCCAAAUAAAGUAGCCAAACGAACAUAACUUUAGUUAUAGAGUUUUUGUAUAUUUGGCGAGUAGAUUGUAUUUUCUUGAAUAUCUCUACUAUUAAGUAUAAUUCGGUAUAUCUAUCUGCGAAUUAUGUAAGUUUUUAGAAAUUUAAAAGUAAAGUUAGAUUUUGUGCGUUCCACUCUAGAUUAACCGGAACAACUAAUAACAUAUAAAAAAAAAUUAAGGUUGGACUCUUGAUUCUUGUUACUAGCUAGUGUAUAUAAGAACCUUGGAGAAUGAAGAUGAAGACGAUGAACCCACUAACUUAACUCAAAACCUUUAAUAUCACGAUUUUCGAAGUUGUUCAGGACUCUGCUGACUAAAACUAAGAAUGAUACAGUCAUACAGCGGAUGAAAACUAAUUGCGUCGAUGGAUAACACACUGCUUCAAUUCUACAAACUUAUCUCGUAACUAUGAUGUAGAAUUCUCAUUGGUAUAUAUAGGUUCAUUGCUCAUCUACAUAAAAUGCCACAUGUUUAUUUAAAUUUUACACAAUUAAUAAUAAUCAUCUAUUAUGUAACUUUUUUAGUAAUACAGUAUGUGGUGGUCAAUGCUACGUGGAUUGUCAAAGAGGCAUGCACAAAGUGUUUCCACAAAGACAAUGGCUGUUUUGCAUGUUGUGUCUGCUCCUUUAACUGAAUCAAGGACAAAUCACAGAUCCAAUCACCUUUCAUCUUUAGAACCCCAUAAAGAAAAGAGAAAAGAUUCAUCUAAAAGACAAGAGAGAAAAUGGCAGAACAGAGAUCAAGAUCAACAAAAACCUUCUUCUCUCAUCAGAUGAUUCUAUGUCUCUUUCUUGUCUCACAAGUCUCCAUCGCCUCUUGCAGCAAUACGAGUGUAGGAGUGAACUGGGGAACAAUGGCGAGUCACCAGCUUCCACCUGAAAACGUGGUGAAGAUGCUAAAGGACAAUGGAUUUACUAAGCUAAAACUGUUCGAAGCCGACCAAAACAUCUUAAACGCUCUAACUGGUUCAGACAUCGAAGUCAUGAUCGGAAUACCAAACCGGUUGCUUAAAGAAGUCGCUCAAGAUCCAGCGUUAGCAGCUUCAUGGGUAGAAGAGAACGUCACCGCUUAUUCUUACAACGGUGGAGUCAACAUCAAGUACAUAGCUGUCGGAAACGAGCCUUUCCUUCAGACAUAUAACGGAACAUACGUUGAGUUCACUUUACCAGCUCUCGUCAACAUACAAAAAGCACUAGAGGAAGCUGGUCUAAAAAACGUGAGAGUCACGGUUCCUUUCAACGCAGACAUCUACUUUUCUCCGGAAUCAAACCCCGUUCCAUCAGCUGGAGACUUUAGGCCUGAGCUCAGAGAUGUAACGAUUGAGAUAAUCAACUUCUUGUAUACACAUGAUUCUCCUUUCACGGUCAACAUCUACCCUUUUCUAAGUCUUUACGGAAACGCUUACUUCCCCGUGGAUUUCGCCUUCUUUGAUGGGAGUAACAACUCUUUGAGAGAUGGAGAUUUGGUUUAUAAUAAUGUGUUUGAUGCGAAUCUCGACACUUUGGUUUGUGCGAUGGAAAGAUACAGCUUCUUGGGGAUGAAGAUCAUCGUGGGAGAAGUUGGAUGGCCUACGGAUGGAGACAAGAACGCUAAUGCGAAGACUGCAAAGAGAUUCAACCAGGGAAUGGUAAAGCAUGCUAUGUCUGGAAAUGGAACUCCGGCGAGGAAAGGAGUGAUCAUGGAUGUUUAUCUCUUCAGCCUUGUCGAUGAAGAUGCUAAGAGUAUUGCUCCGGGGACUUUUGAGAGGCAUUGGGGCAUCUUCGAGUUUGAUGGUAGACCCAAAUACGAGCUUGAUUUGUCUGGUAAAGGUGAUGAUAAGACUCUGGUUCCUGUGGAAGAUGUGAAGUAUCUUCCUAAAACGUGGUGUGUUCUCGACACUAACGCGUUUAACCAAGAUGACUUGGCUGAUAACGUCGACUACGCUUGUAGCUUAUCUGAUUGCACAGCGCUUGGGUAUGGUUCCUCUUGCAACCAUCUUACAAGCGUGGGCAAUGCUUCGUAUGCGUUUAAUAUGUAUUAUCAGAUGCAUGAUCAGAAAACAUGGGACUGUGAUUUCUUGGGGUUGGGUUUGAUCACUGAUGAAGAUCCCUCUGAUGAUCUUUGUGAGUUCCCUGUGAUGAUUGAUACAGGUAACUCACCGAGGUUGCAGCCUCGAUCUUCUAGAGUGUUGGCCAUGGUUAUAGUUAUUUUGGUUCUUCCCCUUUUGUAAACAGUCUUGCAAAUGAAUCUUUCAAGCUA